AUGCGGGCCGUCGUCGCGUCAGAGCGCGCCAUAUGCACGGCUCGAUUGCUCGCCGCUGCACUGUUCGCGUGCGCGCUGGGCCUCGCGUCCGACGCGCUUACCGGCGCCGUGCAGCCUCCGCGUCUCGCGGGGUCGCCGUCGCAUCACCACGUGACUGCGGCGCCGGUUCGCGUGCGAGCGGCUACGAGUCUGAUCGCGGCGGCUGUGAGCGGGGGGACGGGGGAGCGGCACGCCGCUGCGCUGGCAGGCGCAGCGUUGAGUGGCGCCCUCGCGCGCCUCUAUCGCCGCCGCCAGGCCCCUUCUCUGCGCGCUGACCCCGCCUGCCGUCCCGACCCCGCGCACCGUUUCAUCCCCCACACACCUCUCUCGUUGCCCGUCCCCGCAAGCAAUACCCCUCCGCUGCAGGCGCAAUGCGCGGAAGAAGGGCCGCAAUGCGCGGAAGAAGGGCCGCAAUGCGCGGGUGUGCUGGACGCCGCGCUGCUGCACGUCAUCGUCGCCGCCGCCACGCCUCUCCUCCCCCGCCUCCCCUGCCCGACCACCCUCACCCCCCACCCUGCCCACCCUUCUCCCCUCAUGUCUACGGCGCUCGCCCCACCCGCCCUCGCGCUCGCCCGCCUGCUGCUGCUGCUCGCCGCCACAGCCGCCGCCACCUCCUCAUCCUCCUCGCUCCUCCCCCUCCUCCUCCUCGCGCGCCCCCCCUCGCCCCCCCCCGCGUUCUGGCCGCGCGCCCUGCGCCUGCUGCUGGCGGACCUCGUGGCGCUGCUGCUCGGCGCGCUGCUGCUGCCCCUGGCGCUCGCGCCUGCUGCGCCACGCGCGCACACGCAAGGGCAGGGGGAGGUCGGGCAGGCGAGGGGGGAGGAGGGCAUGAUGGGGGAGGAGCAGGCUGGUGUGCGCAACGCAAGGGAGGGGGGGGACGAGGGGGGCACGGAAGGGAGUGAGGCUAUGGCGGAGGGAGGUAGUGGGAAGGGCAGUCCGAAGAGCAAUGGGAAAGGGGGAUGGGGGGAGAGGCUGUAUGUUGGAGCGGGGGCGGGGCAUGCUACUAGGUGUGGGGGAGGCGUUGCGGCGGGCAGUGGGGGUGGCGGGGCAUGGGGCAUGGCGGUGCUGUGCGGUGUGGUGGCGGGCAGCUGUGGCACUCUCCUCUCAGGCGCCCUCUCCGCCUCCCAUGCCGCCCCCCUCGCCGCCCUGCUGGCUCCCACUCUCAUGUGCUGCGCCACCCACUGGCCACGCCACCUCGCAGCCGUCACCCUGGCACUGUCAGCAUCAGCCCUGUCAGCCACGUCAGCAGGGUGGGGCCCCUUUCACCACGUUGUUCCGUUGGAAGCUACUCUGCAGGUGAUUGGUGGGAGAGUGCCUCUAGAUGAUGGUGGGAAUCGGCAAGUCGGGGAGAGUGAGACAGGGGAGAGUGAGACAGGGGAGAGUGAGACAGGGGAGAGUGAGAGGAGGGUCAUGUGGGAUGAUGGCACAUCCCAGCCAGCCCUGCACACAUGGCAUCCUCCUACCUCCCUGCACCGGCACCCAAGUGCUCUCCUUGCCUCCCUCGCCCAUGGCAGCUCCAGCUCUUCCUGCUCGCUCUCCUGCUGCUGGCCCACCUGCUCCUGCCACUCUCAACCGCCCUCCGCCUGCCCUUCAUCAUGUGCUGCCACACCGACACGCCUAUUGCGCCCACUGCCGUUCCUCCCUCCCCCCACUGCCCUCCCUCCCCCCACUGCCGUCCCUCCCCCCCCACACGCACAUUCCUCAUGUCGUUCGCUGGCCCUCAGUGCGCAGCGGGCAGCGCGGGCACGGCGCGUGGCAGCACUGGAGAGGCAAGUGACAGCGCUGGAGGGUGAGGUGGCGGCACUGGAGGGCGAGGUGCGGCAGGAGCGAGAGGCGGCGAGAGCGGCAGGGGAGGCGGUGCGGGGGUUGGUGGAGGCGAAGGUGCAGUUCAUGGCGAACAUGAGCCAUGAGAUCCGCACGCCCAUCCACGGCAUCCUCGGCAUGACCGACCUCGCCCUCGACUCCCCCCUCCCCCCUGACGCCCGCGACCACCUUGAGACCGUGCUGCAGUCCGCCAACCACCUGCUGCUGGUGGUGAACGACAUUCUGGACAUCACCAAACUCCAGGCGGGCCGCCUGCAGCUGGACAGCGCCCUCUUCGACCUGCGCACCCUCCUCAACGGCAUCAUGACAAUGCUCGCCGCCCGCGCCGCCCUCAAGGGCCUGGCCUUCCAGUGGGAGGUGGAUGCGGCUGUGCCGCCCCUGCUGCUGGGAGAUGCCGUGCGCCUCCGACAGUGCCUGGUGAAUCUAGUGGGCAACGCCAUCAAGUUCACGGACCAGGGCAAGGUGCACAUCACCGUGCACCCCUUCUCCCCCUCCCUCCUCUCACCAGCCCUCUCCCUCAUACCACUUCCCUCCUCCCACUCCUCUCCUUCCUCCUCCACCAUGUUUCCUCCACAACCUCUCACGCCCUCCCACCUGUCGACCUGCAACUCCACCACUGCCUCCACCACCGCCACCACCACCACCACCACCACGCCCUCUUCCUCUGCUGCCUCUGCCUGUGCCACCGCCCCACCCCCCUCGCCCUCUGCCCCUGCUGCCCCUGAUGACCCUUCUGCUGCGCGUGGCGACGUGGAUAAUGGGGGCAAUGGGGGCGAUGGGCCCAGUGGGAGGGGGUCAGAGGGAGCAGCAGCGCCAGGGGGAGAGGGAUUGGCGCUGCUCUUCACCAUCAGCGACACGGGCGUUGGCAUACCGGAGGGCGAGCAGAGGCGCAUCUUCUGUGCGUUUGAGCAGGCAGACUCGUCCAUGUCGCGCCAGCAUGGCGGCACCGGGCUCGGCCUCUCCAUCACCUCCAGGCUGGUUCACAUGAUGGGCGGCAGCAUUUGGCUGCACUCUUCCCCUGGCGCCGGCAGCACCUUUGCCUUCUCUGCGACCUUUGCUGCGCCGCCCCUCUCUCCCUGCACCCCGCGUGCUGCCCCCCGUGCUGCCCCCCCUCCCCCGCGGCGCACGGUGAGUGCGGAGGAGCUGGACGGCCGCCUCGCCCUGGACGCCCUCUCGCUCUCCCUGCUGCCCUCCCUCGUCCUCCACCGCUCCUCCCGCGCCCCCCCUCCCCCCCUCUCCCCCUCCGCCGCCUCCUGUGCUGCCAGCGCUGGUGCACCCCUCUCUGCCCGCGCACCUGCUGCUGCCCGCAUGGGGUUCAGCUUCCCCGGGCGGGCAGACGCUGGCACAGGUGGGGCAGCGGAGCAAGGAGUGGCAGUGCACGGUGGAGGCGAGGGCGCGGGCAUGGAUGCUAGGGCGGAUGCAGCAGCGCGUGCGGGUGGUGGGGAUGCGGUCCAGGCGGUGAGGCGUGGCGAGGGCAGGGCAGGGCGCAGCCGGCGCAGAACACAGAGCUUCACGUGCGGGGAUGCGAGCACAGGGCGCAUGCUGGAGGAGGUGCUGAGGCAGGCAGGCGCGGAGCAACAGGCGGGCCAGCAGCUGCUGCAGCAGCCCGCCAAGCUGCCCUCCACCAGAUUCGCUGCUGCUGGCCCCCACGCCCACGCCUCUGCUGCCCCCCACGCCCACGCCUCUGCUGCCCUUGCAGCCGCUGCUGCGCCAGCUGCUGCUGGGGGCAGCUAUGGUGGUGGUGGCGGCCGCGGCCCUGAGGCUCAUGCUGACACGGGCUCUGGAGUUGACUGGACGCAACACAGUGGUGUCAGCGGCACAGCCGCGGCAGCAGCAAUGGCAGCAGCGGCAGCGGCGGGUGCUGCAGAAAAGGGUGCAGCGAAGACCUCCUCAGGUUCCGAUGGGUGGAUGUUUCCGUUCGGUCUGUCUGCUUCUCAUGGCCCUCGCACCCUCCACCCGCAGCAAGCGCAGCAGCAGGAGGAGGAGAGGCAGCGGGUGGAGCAGCAGCAGGAGGGGCGUGUACCAGUGGGGCAGCUGGAGAGAAGCAGCAGUGAGGGCUUUGCCAUGCGGCGGCGGCACCUGCUGGUGGCACGCGGGCGCACGCGGUCCAUGGAGUGCAUGGGGGGGGGGGAGGUGCGCGAGUGGGGUGGUGCUCGCUCCCCAGAGCAGCCUGUGGGUGCGCUGGGCGAGCGCAGAGAGGGAGACGGGAGUGGCUUUGGCGGCGCCUCAGGCAGCGGAGCAGCAGUGGCGGGCAGAGAGGGUGGCCGUGGGCAUGGUGGCGAGGAGAGCAGAGAGGGGAGCAGCAGCCCUGGGGUGGAGGUGCCACGCCUCCCAUCGUGGAGCCCUGCCAGUGGCAGUGGGGCGCGCAUGGCAGGCAGUCCGCGCACAGGAGGGGUUGUGGGGGCCAUGUCGGGCAUGGCGGGCAGAGCAGCAAGCAGCGAGCCUAGAAGUCCCAGUGCACAAGCAGGUGCGGAGAGCAUUGGGCGUGCGGUGGGUGGUGGCGUGGAGGCGAGUGUGGCGAAGCUGAGCCGCGUGGUGGAGAGGGAGGACGAGGGGCUGAGUGAGGAUGACGCCCCUGCCGCGCGCACAGCGCAGCAAGCCAGGAGGGAGGGGCGCGUGCGGCGAAGCACCACUGGACGCCUAUCCAUGGAGGGAGGCGCGGCGGAACCGCAAGGGGAGAGUGCAGACGCUCACAGGGAGCAGGGCGGAGAGCAGGCUGUGGGGAGGGUGAGAGGAGAACAGGAGCGGUUGAAAGGACUGAGGGCAUCUGAGGAGGAGGGCAGAGGGGAGGUGGGAUGGAGAGGCCAGAGGGAGUUGAGGGGGCCCCCCUUGUCGGUGGGUGGCAGUGGGUGGGGGGCGGAGGCAGCAGGUGAGAUGCGCCCCAGCGUGAGCUUCAAGGAGUCGUUCUCUGCCCACCACGAUGAGCCGCUGGGCAAUGGCACCCCAGACCCGUGUGAGGCUGUCAGUCGUGGCAGUGCGAGCAGCUGUAGCGGGGAUGUGGGCACAGCAGCAGCAGGUGCGGCACCAAGCAGCAGGGCAGGUGCAUGUGGGCCGUUGGGGCGGCAGAGGCAGCUGCGAGUGCAGCACCUCACCUUCCAGCUGCCUGAAGACACCUCCCCCUCACACUCGCCCUCCACACCCACCUUUGACUCGCGCCGCCCAUCCCUCAGGCCGCCUGUUGAUGCACCUGCGCCCGGCAUGCCCGCCAUCUCACCACGCCCCCCUCUGUCCCCGCGGCGCCCUCACGUGGACGCGUCCACGGCGGGCGUGUCGGAGCCCAGCACCAUGGACGCCAUCUACGCGCGCAUCCAGGCCCAGGCUGCCGCCUCUCGCCCCCUCGCCCCCACCCGCUCACCCCCCACCGCCGCCGCUGCAGGCGACGGUGCGCGCAGCAGCUUGGCGCGCGGCAGAGAGCCGCCUCCCCUGGACGUGCCGUCCACACCGUCGUCCUCCGCACGCCGCGCUGCAGGAGGGGGCCUGCUGCGGCAGAAGUCAGGCGGGAUGGCACUGCUGCAGCGGCAGGGCACGGGGGUGGGGCGGCAGGGCGGGGGGCUGGCGAGGCAGGGCACGGGGCUGGGGCGGCAGGCGAGUGUGAAGCUGAAGCAGAAGCCGGUGCGCGCGGCGAGCCCUAGGGCCAUGCUGUCUGCUGUGGCGCUGAACAUCCUGCUGGCGGACGACAGCGUGGUGAACCAGAAGGUGGCGGUGCGCUUCCUCAAGAAGAAGGGCAUGGUGGCCGACGCCGUGGGUGAUGGCGCUCAGGCCAUCCAGCGCCUCUAUCCCAAGGAUGGCGGCAUCUCCCCCUACGACCUCCUUCUGCUCGACGUGCAGGUGCGACCUCCUGCUGCUCGACGUGCAGGUGAGCCGCCCCACGUGCAGAUGCCAGUGAUGGACGGGCUUCAGACAGUGCGGGUCAUUCGUGAGAAGGAGACAGCCGAGAAGCUUCCCCACCUUCCAGUCAUCGGGCUGACAGCGCAUGCGGCGGAUGUGUACCGCGACCAGUGCAUCUCCGCUGGCAUGGACGGCUUCGUCUCCAAG